AGUACACGUUCCGUCCAAUAUGCCGAAACGCAGUAAGGAAGAAAAGAUCGAGCGUUAUCGGAAGAAAAUAAGGAAGUUACAAGAAAAUAAAAAGACUUACCGCCGCCGGAUUAUUGAAUCUGACGAUGAAGACGAAAAUCAAUGCUACCUAGAAUCGCCGUCCGAGGCAUGUAUUAAUAUACAAGAACCUCAGGACAACGAUAUUUCGAUACCAAAUGACGAAUUGGUACAGAACCUAUUAAACGAUUGUCCAACCGAAGCGAAGUCAGCAGAAAACAUUUCUGCCGACCCGCCAAACCUAGAAGAGCCUUCGUUAGAUCCUGAAUUGCUCUCAGCUCUGGGUGAAACGGAAUCCGAUUCUCCUGAAUAUGGCGAAAAAAUCUUAGACAGCCAAGCCAAGUUAUGGCUACCAAUUCUAAAGAAAGGCGUUCCAAAGGAAGCCAAGGACAAACUGCUCAAAGAAUACGCUGUACCAGACAAUUGUCGCCUCCUGCAAGCCCCAAAACUAAAUGCAGAAAUCGCAGCAGCUCUUCCAGACAUGGUCCGAAACCGAGACAAGAGUUCACUCUUGGCUCAGCAGCAGCAGCUAGGCUUGGGAAUAACAGCGUGUAAUAGAGCACUAGACCUAUUACUAUUGAAUGGGGACAAAGUUCAGGCGAUCAAGCACCUGAGUAAUAGUUGUCGUUUAUUGUCGGAUUUGCACUUCAUGUAUACACAAAACCGCAUAAAAUUAAUCACACCAAGUCUAGACAAAACCUGUCUCAACGUGAUUAACGACGCUGAAAGAGAUAGUACUCUGUUUGGUGAAAAACUGGGUGAGAACAUCAAAGCUGCGAAAGCAAUAGAGAAGCAAGGGCUUCAAAUAAAGAAAGGACCAACCCAAAAAGCUCCAGUGACGUAUCCUCAGCAAGCUGGCGCUCGUCCGUCCUACCAGGGAAACUGGCAAUCUCCUCGCUUCCAGUCGAACAGAGGGGGGCGGGGAGGGAACCGACGCCAUCCUCCAGCACCGCAGAUGCGCCGGAACAAUCAAACCAACAACACAAAGAACGCUCAACAGAGCAAACCUCGUGCGCCAGCGCAGCAGUAACACAGAGAUCAACACCCGCUCAGCUCCAACCUUACCCUGGCGGCUGCGAAGCUCUGCGGCAAGCCUUCGCUCAGCGAGGUUCCCCCCCAGAGGCAAUCACCUUAAUGCUCGCUUCGCUAGCUGACAGCACUAUGAAGCAGUAUAAUGUUACACUAAAGCUUUGGUGGCA